AUGCACGUAUUUGUUACUGGGGCGACCGGCCUCAUCGGCAAGGCAAUUACCAAGGACCUCAUCAACGCUGGGCACACAGUUUUAGGCCUUGCCCGCUCCGACAACUCGGCUAAUGAAUUGGUUGCGCUUGGAGCCGCAGUGCUGAGAGGUUCACUCCAGGAUUUGGAUAUCCUCAAAGAAGGGGCUGCUUCAUCGGACGGUGCCAUCCAUGUAGCAUUUGCCCACGACCAUGGAGACUUCUUCGAAAGCUGCAACACAGACCAGAGAGCCGUCCAGGCAAUGGCAGAUGGCCUUGCUGGGUCCGACCGUCCACUUGUCGUCACCUCGGUGACAACUCUACUUCCUCACGGUCGGCUCGUGACCGAAGACGAUUCCUGUUUUCCAACAUCGCCCAUUUUUGCGGCUCGUGGGCAAUGCGAGACCUUGGCGAAAAAGCUUGCAUCGAAUGGGUCUCGGGCUAUUAUCAUGCGGCUACCGCCAACAAACCACGGGGAUGGCGAUCACGUCUUCGUGGCGAGACUAAUUGCCCUCGCUCGUGCAAAGGGUGUCUCUGUGUACCUCAAUGAUGGGCAGAACCGGUGGCCGGCGGUCCACUAUCUGGACAGUGCGGUUGCAUACAGACUGGCUUUGGAGAAUGGUACAGCUGGUUCAACCUUCCACGCCGUGGCGGAGCAGGGGGUCAAGAUGAAGGACAUAGCCGAGGUGAUUGGAGCAAAGCUUGGGGUCCCGGUGGUGUCCAAACCGAGUGGCGAAGCCGAAGAUCACUUUGGCCCCUUCUUGGGUCAGGUUGUGACCGUCGACAAUCCUACCUCGAGCUUCAAGACCCGGGAGGCGCUGGGAUGGAAUCCACAACAAUGCGGUCUUCUAUCAGAUCUUGAGAACGGUGCUUACUUCAGUAGCUAG